AUGACCGCACAAUGGCCCCCAGACUUUGCCCAGCUCGCCCAAUUGCUAAGACCAACGGGCGUGGUUGAUUAUGCUGCUAUCGCUUUUAUGUCCACCACUUACGCCGCAUACCUCUCCCGCGGUCUCUUCUGGGACCAACCCGACCCCCUAAACUACCUCUAUUUCCAACGUCCCCAACUCGAAAAUGGCGGCUCCGCCAACGUUAAUCAAGAAACUCGAAAUAUCGCCCAGAAGCUCGAAGAAACGGGCAAGAAUAUUGUCGUCUUCUGGGGCUCGCAAUCCGGAACGGCAGAGGGGUUUGCGAGUCGCUUAGCGAGGGAGAUAUCGAUGCGAUUUAGACAAGAGACCAUGACGGCUGAUUUGUCGGAUUAUGACCCCGCAACGAUAAAGUUGAUUCCCGAGGGGAAGUUGGCUAUCUUCAUUCUCUCGACGUAUGGUGAAGGUGACCCCAGUGAUAAUACGAGCGAGUUUUGGGAGUGGAUUACCAAGGUUCAAAAGGGCGAAGGAGAUGGUGAGGUAUCUUUGGAGCACUUGCGCUACACGGCCUUGGGUCUUGGGAAUUCGAACUACAAGUUCUACAACAGAGUGGUCGAUGUUGUCACCGGGGGGCUGGACCAUCUCGGAGCUCGUGCCGUUAUGCCCGUGGCCAAGGCAAAUGAUGCUGAGGGUGCUACACAAGAAGACUUCAUGACCUGGAAAGACGAUCUGUUUGCCGUCUUCAAGAAUCAGCUGGGCUUCCAUGAGUCGGAACCUAGAUACCUGCCCAUUCUCCAAGUCGACGAGGAUACGUCUCUUGAGCCGAUCGACCUCAACCACGGCGAGCCGGACAACAAACAGGCCUCCAAGACCAGCUCGCCCGUCCGUGUCCUGGGUAUUGAGAAUACCAAAGAACUUUUCCACAACUCUGAUCGACACUGUCUCCACAUCGACCUCGACAUCACUAGCCAGCCCGAACUGGUCUACAAGACCGGUGACCACCUUGCCGUCUGGCCAUCCAACCCAGACGUUGAGGUAGAUUUGCUCCUCCAAGCUUUGGGCUUCUCGUCCGAGCGCGGCCAGACACCCAUCAGCAUCAAGUCUCUCGACCCGGCAACUACAAAAGUCGCCAUCCCAACCCCAACCACCAUUGAUGCUCUCUUCCGCUACUACCUCGAGAUCUGCGCCCAAGUUAAUCGUGACACAAUUUUGGGCCUGGCCCAAUUUGCCCCAACCCCAGAGGCAAAAGCCCAACUCCUCCAUCUGGGCCAGGACAAAGCCGCAUACGCGGACCUACUCAACCGGAAUUACAUCACCCUCGGCCGGUUAUUACACCUUGUUUGUACGGAGAGCAAUAAUGCGUGGUCCGGAAUACCUCUUUCCUUCCUAGUCGAAUCUUUCCGCCCCCUUCAACCACGUUACUACUCUAUAUCCUCGAGCAGCGUUAUUGCUCCCCGUAAACCAUCUAUCACUGUCCUCGUCUCAACAUCCCAUGUCCCUGAAGAUCCCAGCCAGCUCGUCCACGGUGUUACAUCAAACUACCUCCUUGCUACUGCACAGCCGGAAGCACACCCGUAUGGACUUACAUACCCCACAAACGGGCCGAAUAACGUCCUCCGUCCCGAAGAUGAGGGCAAGACGGGUAAAAAAGUGUUCGCCCAUCUUCGUCGUACCCGCUUCAAGCUGCCUAUCCAGGCUGCUGUGCCGCUUGUUAUGAUCGCGGCUGGGACGGGUCUAGCACCAUUCCGCGCGUUUGUUGCCGAGAGACGUCAGCUGCGCUCGAUCGGAAAACCGGUUGGUGAGAUGAUUCUGUUCUUCGGGUGUAGGAGUCCCGAGGAGGAUUACAUCUAUCGUGAGGAACUGGAAGCAUUGGCGAGAGAGGGUAAGGAGCAGGGUGGUAUCGCUGAUUGUCUGCGUAUUGUUACGGCCUUCUCGAGGUACCAGCAUGCUGGGGAGCUGAGACGAUAUGUGCAGGAUCGGGUCGAGGAGUACUCCAGCGAUGUGGUCAAAUUGUUGGAUCAGGGAGCGAACUUGUACAUCUGUGGACGCGCCGGGAUGGCAAGAGAAGUCGAAAAGGUGGUUAGCCAGGAGAUGCAGAAAGCUAAAGGAUGGGCAGACGACGAGACGAAUGAGUGGACUAAGGCGAUAAAAAAGAAGAACAAAUGGCAAGAGGACGUUUGGGGAUGA